GUGAGCGCGGAUGAAGAGGUGAGACUGGAAAAUGACUGGAAGGAGGCUCACAUCUGGGGGCGAAAUUAGACUUUAUCACCAAGAAAUGCGUUUUGUUUUUAUAAAAGUCGCUUUUUUAUCAUUUUUUUAACGCGGACCGACCGUCUCUGGACGACAUUUGGUGACACUAGAGGAUCUGCAAGUCAUUCUAACACGGUUUUAUUUGCGUCGGAAAAGUGCCAGGGACACACCGAUAACCCGUUAGUUUUCCCUGCAACCAGAAUGCCGCGGGACAACAAAACUCCUCUCAUCCAGAAAAUAGCAAAGCAAGCCUAUAUCUCCUUUAAAGGCUUGAAGUCUUCGGCUAACGGGGAGAAUUACUUCGUCGCAGACAAACAGAGUGAACUCAUCUCCCUGGUGACCGCGGUCAGGGCUGCCGAUCUAAAAAUUGCUCCCCGGAAAACCAAAGCGAGCUCCGGGGCAGCGGGGCCCCAGAACCCCCCGGUCUCCUACAUGCACAUCUGCGAGACGGAGGUGUUCAGCAUGGGGGUGUUCCUGUUGAGGACCGGUGCCUCCAUACCGCUGCACGACCACCCGGGCAUGAACGGGAUGCUGAAGGUUCUCUACGGCAAGGUGAGCGUCCGCUGUUUUGACAAGCUGGAGAACGACCUGACUGUCAGCACCGCCCCACCUCGUUUCGAGCCUCCUCUGCCCAUGUUCCAGACGGCCUCCCUGCGGCGCUCCGUGCUCCGCUCAGUGGCUGAGUACUCAGAGAACAGCGGGCCAUGCCUCCUCACUCCUGUACGGGAUAAUCUGCACCAGAUCGAUGCAGUGGAAGGGCCAGCUGCUUUCCUGGAUAUCCUGGCACCGCCGUACAAUCCAGAUGAUGGCCGGGACUGUCACUAUUACAAAGUCCUGCAAACUGUGGCAGAAGGGGAAACAGAUGGAAAGGGUAACCAGGAGCAGCAGGGAGAAGAGAAUGAAAAAGAAGAGACAUGGCUGCUAGAAAUCCCGCAGCCAGAGGACUUCUGGUGUGGAGGGGAACCCUACCCAGGCCCUACAGUCUCUUUCUGAAUGCAACCUCUGACCACAGGAGCUACACUCCAGUAUACGACAGUGUGACAUCCAUCCAUCCACAUGUGGAAUUUCUGUUUUUGCUUUGGGAGGUAUUUAUUACCUGGAACUCAAAGGAAGUGAGUGCCUUGCUCAAGGAUUCUACUGCAGGGAAAAAUGUACAGAAACAGGGUCUUGAGUUGGGGUCAUAGCUUUGACCUCACAGACACCCCACACAGCAUAAGGACCACUGAACUGCCUUCCACAAACCUUAAAUAAUCCAAUCUGUACUGGGGGAAAGUGUUGACAAGGAAUUCACAUUCCAAAUAUGGUGUUUUUUGCUUCGGACCAUUAUGUUGCCUUGUGCGCACAUGAAUGUCAUCAGCCAAAUGUUAUGUGAAUGACAGGGUGUCAUCAGAUCUGUGUCGUGUGAGGCCGUGCAAGCCUCUUCACUCUGCUGCAGAGGACUUCCAGAUCAUGACAUGUCUUAAUGCCAAAGCCUGUAACUCAAGUCAUACCUGCCUUAUUUGUGAAUAUUGAAUGUACACUUAUUAAGAGUGCCAUUUCUAUUGUACACACUCCUUUCUUCUUCCAAAGUGCACACACUACAUUAUACACUUUAUUUUUUGUGUUUAACUUAUUCCAGAUAAAAUGGUUCAUAUACAGGUCUGGACAUUAUGGGGGAAAAAAAGCUGAUGUCAUUACAACUAAUAUAACUCCAUCCAGAGUGUUUAUGGUGUAUGUGAUGGAUCAUAUUGAAGGCUGACUGAAAUCUUUAAAACCCAGUCCAGACUGUAUAUGUUCAUGGGAUACAGCCAACACACUUUCUUCACUUACUUUCUUCACUACCUUUUAAAUGUAGCUUGAUAUAUUCCACUCUGUAUGUUAGUUUACUGUAGUUUAUAUCUCCAGCCUGCCUUGGCGUACACUAGACUCCACACAGGUCUCUGUGUCAGUUUCACAAUGAUUGUUACUCUGAUGUUGAAUGUACAGUAUGUGGAACAAUAAAUAUAGAUGGGAAUAAUCAUGGAACAUCUAA